AUAUAGGAAGCAGUUAUACUGGUUCCCUUUGUUUUGUAUGUGACUUUGUGAGUGAUUGGUUUUAUGUCUGGAUUAACAUCUAUUAACAUCUAACAAGCAGUUUAUGAACCAAACACAACCCAACAAACAGGAUGUUGCGGCAAUUUUUGAAUAUCUCGUCACGUUUGUUAUCAAUCACAACAAAUACUUGCGCUUAUAAAUCAAAUCAUGCGUCGGCAGAAUAUCAUUUCAUGCAACCAGGAUGAAGUUGUUGUUAUUUCUAUGUUUAUUGAAGCUUCUCUUCAAUUAUAGUCAAGGCCAAUGUGGAUUCACAGGGGUUGCGACGCUCAACCCAACCCCCCUACAAUUCCCCCCCAACCCCAACAAUAUACCUUGUUAUUGGAACAUAUCGGCACCCCAGGGGUUGGAGGUUCAAAUCUCAAUACUGUCCCUUGUUACCCAACAACAAUUUACUUUGGAGUUCUAUGAUGGCGACACCACAGACCACAUGACACUGAACGCACCAACCGACCCCCUCAAUAUUGUGUCAUCUCGUGGAAACAUUAUUGUCAGGUUUCAAUCGAACUUUGCUGUUCCUGGGUUCAACAUUCUGUAUUUUGCUGUGUUCCAACAUUCAGCAGCUGCUGUUCGACUUCAGAACCAGAAAAGAAACCAACCAAGUGAAUGUAGCUUCCCCAAUGUUUGUCUUCCCAACUUCAACCGUUUUGAUCUCCCAAGCACUGAUAUUGCUUAUCUACCUGGCUGCACAUUCUCACAGUGGUUCUAUCUCAACAAAUUAUGCUUCUCCUUAUUUUUCAAUGAUUAUCCUUAUCAAGACAACAGUGUUUGCAGACGUCAAGUGAAUUCAUACGAGCGUUGUGUUGAAGGUGUUGAUCGUAAAUGUAGCAUUGGGAAUAAAACAACGGCGUCAUCUUAUUUCUCUCCAUAUAUGACAUCUUUUCAACAGCGAAUCGUUCAAAGUUUUGUGAACAUGACAACUGCCAUUCAACCAAGUUACGACUCCCAUUGCGUUCGUAACACCGCAGGGAUUGAUGAUAAUGACAACACAAUGAGCUCUCUUAUAGCACACACACUUGCGGCACAACAACAAUUAGUUGACCUCCCUAAUAUUUGUAACUUCACCAACCUUCGAAUCAAAGGAAGGAAGAUGGUUCGAAUAAACAGGAGGAUGAUGUCAGCAAGAAAUGGACGGCAAUUUUGCAGGCAAUACUCCUCAUACCAGCAGGUAGUGAUCAAUGCACUGACCGGUGUAUGUAACAUGUCAUCCCUUACAACCCCAUACACAAUCUUUCCCGUAUUGAUUGACAUCUCACUUUAUGCUGAGAAGAUGUUUAGUUUAACAACUGGUUUGGUGGAGCAGUUUACCCUGCCUGCUUGUUACUAAUCUCCUGACAUCACAAUCAUCAUUGUUUAAUAAUAAGCUUCUCCUGUCACAUCACAAUAAUUCAUUGUUUGCAAAUAAAUUCAUAUAUGUACAAGU